AUGCAUAUUCCAUCUGUUAAUCCAUCUCAGGCUACUCAACAACGAGAUAUUUCUCCAACUACUAGAGUCAAGAAGCCAACAGAUAAGAAGACAACUGCCUUAGUUGCUACCAUUGUUCAUUCUUUGAGUUCUCAUGAAGUUGCUAAGUCAAUGGUGGAAAUUCCAGAUAAGGUACAACCUUUAAUAUCUUCUUUUGGUGAAUUAUUUCCUGCUGAGUUACCAAAUACUUUACCUCCUAUGAGAGAUUUACAGCAUAAAAUUGACUUUAUACCUGGAACUUGUCUUCCUAAUCAACCCCAUUAUAGAUUAAUUCCUAAAGAGCAUGAGAUACUACAAGGACAGGUUGAUGAUUUGUUACAAAAAGACUGUAGAGCUUUAAACAGAGUUAUUGUACCAUAUAGGUUUCCUAUACCAAGAAUUGAUGAUAUGAUUUCUGGUGCUAAAGUGUUUACAAAGCUUGAUUUACGUAGUGGAUGUCAUCAAAUACGUAUUCGUGAAGCUGAUGAGUGGAACACAACAUUCAAAACAAAAGAAGGCUAUGUUGUAUCAGAUACUGGUAUUUAUGUGGAUUAUUCUAAGAUCAAAGAAAUUUUUGAUUGGCCUACUCCAACAUCUAUACGUGAAUGUGAUACUUUUGAAUGGUUUGAACAAGCAGAUAAAAUCUUUAAUAUACUCAAAGAAAGGUUGUGUAGCGCUCCUGUUCUUGCCAUGAAAACCUUUGAUAAAAUUUUUGAGAUCCAUUAUGAUGCUUCUAUUCUUAAGAACUGGCAUCCUUAUCGUAUUCACAGUGAGUUUGUUAUCAAUACUGAUAAUCAGGCUCUUAAAUUUUUGAAAACUUCAGCAAAGGUCAAUAGAAUGCAUGAUAGGUGGUUAUCUAUUAUCAGUCAGUACACUUUUUCUACUAAACAUCAGAGUGGAAAACUUAAUCAAGUUCUUGAUGCUUUGAGUAAAAGAGCUCAUCUUGUUGUUACUCUCAAACAUGAGAGUUUAGCUUUUGAUUUCGUGAAAGAUCUGUAUAGUGAAGACAAAGAUUUUCAAAAACUCUGGGAGAAGUGUCGUUCUUCAACAGGAAGUGUUGAUGAUUUUCUCAUUCAAGAAGGAUUUAUUUUUAAAGGAAAUUGUUUAUGUAUACUACAAUGUUCUCUACGUCUUCAUUUAAUCCAGGAAUUACAUGGCAGUGGCCUUGGUGGACAUUUUGGGCGUGAUAAAACCAUAGCUUUGGUUGAGGAACAUUAUUUCUGA